AUGGAUGCCAAGCCGCAGCGAAUUCGCGUCCGCGGCGACGAAAAUGCGCUGCCAUCUUUCCAUGCUACUAAGGCAAUCCACCAACGAAACAAGUCUACUCCGGCGCUGAGCCUGAUGGCCCAGAACGCGAAGAACGGCAAUGUCAACACUCGCCGAGCCUUCGGCGACUUGAGCAAUGCUCAGCCGAUCCGUGAGGAUUCGGCUGUGCCUGGCAAGCCUGCUACCCAGGGCGCGGACACCAAACCUGCCCUUUCGCAGCCAGCCCAGCGCCCUCUGUCGAUGUCGAGCGCGAAGGGCUUCUUGAACACUCUCGCCUCGAAGCCGGUAAACCCUGCCGGCAAAGCCCAUGUUACUGCGAUAAAGAAUAGCGCCAAGAAUACCAAUGUGGUUUUCCGCGAUCAGCUGGAGCCCGUUGUCGAGAAGGAGACAUCCAAGGAAGUAAUCGUCACCACUCAGCCCGCUCGCCGCGACGAACGGCCCAAUGGAAAGGAAAUCGAACAAAACCUCGUCAAGCAGAAUGAGGACGAGGAGGAACAAGAGUACUUUGACGUCCCGUCGGAGGGCUUUACCACCGAGGCGCACACCGCUGAACAUAGCCGCCAGAGCCGUGAGAUGGUCUCAUCGCAGGCGGAGGUCACCAAACCUAUUCCUGCUGCGGCUAAUGUGGGAAAGCCCCGCGCACUUCUUCCAAUUCCGGUUUCCAAAUCGUUCGAUGGUUCAUACGAUAAUCGAGCUCCGGACGUCACUGGCCCAGCUAUGUCGGAGGUUGAGGAUUCAGAAGACGAAGAGCACCGUGGUUACCUCUCUCGUACCGAUAAUACUACCGGUGGCACAACCACCCUGAUCUAUCCCCGGGCUACCGCUGCGAUGAAGCGUGAGCUUCUGCAUGCUCAAUCAUUCGUUGAAGCCAAUCAGACCGAGGAAGAAAUCGAGGAAGAUUUCUACGACUCAAGCAUGGUUGCUGAAUACAGCACGGAGAUUUUCGAGUAUCUGCGCUACAAGGAGAUUGCCAUGUUGCCCACGGCAGACUACAUGGCUAACCAGGCUGAGAUCCAGUGGUCGAUGCGCUCGGUCCUCAUGGACUGGCUGGUGCAGGUCCACUUCCGCUUCGCACUGCUCCCCGAGACACUGUUCCUGUGUGUCAACCUCAUCGAUAGGUUCCUUUCACACAAGAUUGUCUCACUUGGUAAGCUCCAGCUAGUCGGUGCUACCGCCAUCUACAUUGCCGCAAAGUAUGAGGAGAUCACGUCUCCCUCCAUCGCGGAGAUCCAUUACAUGGUCGAUGGAGGCUAUACCAUGGACGAAAUCCUUAAGGCGGAGCGAUUCAUGCUGAAUAUCCUCAACUAUGACCUCGGCUGGCCGGGUCCCAUGAGUUUCCUGCGACGUAUCAGCAAAGCCGACGAUUAUGAUCUCGAGACCCGUACUGUCGCCAAGUACUUCCUGGAACUGACGAUCAUGGAUGAACGCUUCGUUGCCACUCCUCCUAGCUUCGUUAGUGCGGGAGCCCACUGUCUCGCCCUUCUGAUGCUGCGAAAGGGAUGCUGGACCAUGGCCCACGCACACUACAGUGGCUACCUCUAUGCGCAGCUCGUUCCUGUCAUGUCGAUCAUGCUGGAGUGCUGUGAGGACCCGCAGCGUCACCACCUGGCGAUCUAUGAGAAGUACUCGGAUCGCCGAUUCAAGCGUGCCUCUACCUUUGUAGAGACCGAGAUCAAGGGUGGCUUCAAGCUGCCUCGACCCACUCCUUUCCACGACCGUAACCGGCUGGAUGGCCUGGCCAACUACUAA